UCAUAAACCAACAAAAUGAAAAUGAUCAUUGUUGCCCUCGCUGUCGUGGCCGUUGUUGCUGCCGCUCCUGCUGAUGUCCCUGUGUCCCAGAUCCUCCGUAGUGAAUUUGACCAAAAACCCGAUGGCAGUUACUCGUACAGCUAUGAAACCGAUAAUGGAAUAAACAUUCAAGCAGUCGGUGAAAUUAAGCAAGCUGUGGACGAAGAAAACAAACCUCACGACGUCGUGGUAGUCCGUGGAAUCUACGAAUACAUUAACGACCAAGGCAAAAAGGAAACCAUCACCUACUUUGCCGAUGAAACCGGCUACCACGCUGAAGGAGAAUCAAUCCCUAAGGCGCCCGUUGCCAGUAGAUAAAUAAUUACAACCAAGGAAUUUCGCUUUAACAAGAAAAUCGA